AUGCAGCACCAGAAAAAGCCAAGCAUCAAGGUGGAAAUCCACCAAGAUAAUCCUCCCUUGUCCAUGAGCGGCACCACCUUUGCGCCAAAGAGGAGCCCAAGCGCUAGUCCAAGAUCACGUACUGCACAACCUCAGCUUCAGUACCAAUAUGCAACAAUUCAAAACAAGCUCUACCAAAUCAGCAGUACAUGCGCGCCAUACAUCGACGUUGAAGCAGCAGAGCCUCAAGACCUCACUUUUGAAAAGAUAGUUGAACAGACUAAAGCCUUUUCUUUCGAUUUGCGGGUGUGGGCUCAUCUUGCGAACAUUGAGGGUAUAGCCAGGGUCGAUUCACGCAAAAGGGAGGUCGUGGAUGCUGCAUCGCGAAGCCUGGACCGCCUGCUGGAUCAGAUAACGACCUUGAACGACGCUUGUUUCAGGGCCAAGCCGCGGGAUCUAAAGUUUAAAGUUCUCCCUGAAGUCGAAGAUGACAGCUUGUUCGAAGAUGGAGAUGACGACAGCUGUGAUUUAGACCCUACAGAGACUCUGAGCUUCGCUAUCCAUUCCAGUCUACACAGCAUCGAGCUGCAAAUCCAAAACCUCAAGCGCUUGAGUCGGACGCUGCAAGAGGCCACACCAGAUGCGAAGAGCGAGGUUAUGGCGGUCGCGGGGCUCGUAGCGGAGACAGUAAAGUACUUUGGAUCGCAGGAAGCAUUGAGUCGCUGA